CGCUUUCCUAAACUCGGCAAACUUUCGGAUUCUGAUAUAUCGGUUGCUCUAGAUUCUACAACAACUAUAAGAUCAAGUUCAGGCAAUACAAUAGAUGGUCUUCACCUAAGCAAUUCGGCAAUUAUAGUAGAUAUUGAAGAUUCGGCAUUAGGUGUUACUGAACAAACUAUUGCUGCUUCUGAUGCAGUUAAUGCGAAGGAAGUUUGCGAUGGUAGAGAAGGUUGUGAAGGCUGUGAAGGUGAAGGCAGCUGUUCUCUAUAA